UCAUGUUUAGUCCUCGAUGUUAACAUAACAGUUCUAAGCCACCGACCGAACGGACGUGCUACAUUAUAUAUGUAGCUUAAUUCCAUGCAAGUGAAUCAGUGGUAACGCCAAAAUGGAAAAGCUCCUGCUUGGGUUGAUACUGUCGAGUAUCGUGGCAUCGAGUUUCGCUUACAUACAGAUUGCUAGUAAAAAGCCGCUAGGCACUCUGUAUAGAUGGAAACAAAUCGAUUAUGCAUACCCCACACCACAAGCUCGCCAGGCUGCUAUCAACAACGGACAAUUCAAUCAACUUAACGUAAUACCGCUUGGAGUAGAACGUUGGAAGGAUCGCGUGUUCAUCAGCACACCGCGUUGGAAGAAGGGCACUCCAGCCACGCUAUCAUCUGUGCCCAUUGGUGCUCAAACUGAAUCACCACCCCUAGAACCAUACCCUAACUGGAACUGGCACACUGCAGAUAACUGCACGGGCUUCACUUCGGUAUUCCGUAUGGCUAUAGACCACUGUGGCGUUAUGUGGGCCCUUGACUCUGGUCAGGUGGAAGCUUUUGAAUCACCACGUCAACUCUGUCCACCCACGUUAUAUGCCAUAAAUCUAGCCACUGAUACAGUCAUAGGACGUUACCCCAUACCAAGUGAAUUUGUUCUGCAAAACUCAUUAAUCACCAACAUCGUGGUAGACUCGAGAGACGUCCGCUGCAGGGACUUACACGUUUACAUAGCAGAUGCAUGGCGUUUCGGCUUGAUCGUAUUUAGAAAUGAAGACACAUCUUUUUGGCGAUUCAGUCACUACAGCUUUUACCCUGAGCCACUACUCUCGAACUAUACUUUACAUGGACUAAACUAUCAGUGGUCUGACGGUCUGUUUGGUAUGUCCCUCGGUAAGUACCACCAAGGCGACCGACCGCUGUACUAUCACUCUAUGUCCAGUUCUCUGGAAUUCGUGGUGAGUACGUCGGUAAUACGCGAUCCGACGCGCGUGAGCAACUCCGUGGGCGAGUUCAAGCUGCUCGGUGACAGUCGCGGUGCGAACGGACAGGUCUCAGCCGCAGCCGUCGACCGCAACGGUGUUAUGUUCUUUAACCUCAUUUCGCGAGACAGUAUCGGAUGUUGGGACACACGCAAACCUUAUACAAACCGGAAUCUAGUGGUAGUAGCCCAGAACAAUAACACAAUGAUCUUUCCAAACGAUUUACGAAUAGAUCACGAAGUACCACAAAUGGCGUGGAUUAUUACUAACAGACUCCCAAUGUAUCAGUUUAAUUUGAUUAAUCCUAAUGAUUACAAUUACCGUGUCAUGUAUUUAGAUCCAGUGGCAGCUGUUCAAAACAGCGUGUGUCAACCAGAAAUACGUUUAGGUGAUAAUCAAGAUAUUAUGUUGUAGUUGUUGUUAGUUUAGUUUAUUUUAUUUUGUAAAUACAUAAUUAAAUAAAGUCUACAUACAA